CCUCCCGUCUCCUCUCCAUCCAUACGUGCAGGAGGAAGAUGGUUGCCAUCGCUGUGGGCCUGUUUUUAAUGUCGUACAUCCUGCUGUAGUCCCACAGGAGAAGAAGCCCUCAGUUCAGAUUCUCAUCUCCAGCUGCAAAAUGCAGCAUCACUCACCCGAGGUUGCCCGUCUGUAUCAGACUGAAUUUAUCCGGAGCGCCCGGGCGGUGGGAGUGCUGUGGGCCGUCUGCUCGCUCUGCUUUGCCAUCAUCGAAGUGGUCAUUCUCAUCCAGCCGUCAUGGGUGGGCACACGAGAACUGCACUACAGGGGCGGGGGUCCGGCCCCUCCGGCAGGGACGCUGGGCCUUUUCGAGGUGUGCUUGGAGUCGGAUUGGCCCGUCCCGGAGUGCCGUGGGUCCCUGCACACCCUGACCCCUCUGCCUGCGUUUCAGUCUUCUGCUGUCCUGGUGUGCAUUUCCCUCACCAUGGUGUGGGCCAGCGUGGGCUGUCUGUGUCUGUUCAGAUUUUGCAAUGCAGCGACCGUCUAUAAGAUAUGUGCGUGGCUACAACUGACCGCAGGGUUCUGUUUGGCUCUGGCGUGUUUGUUGUUCCCAGACUCUUGGGCUGGUGCUGAGAUGAGAGCUCUGUGUGGAGAUCGUGUCAGUAGUUUUUCUCCGGGUAACUGCUCUGUUCACUGGGCCUUUAUUCUGGCCAUGCUGGGUGUGUUGGAUGCCGCUAUACUGGCCACACUGGCUUUUGUACUGGGGAAUCGGCAGGACGCUCUCUUGCCAGAAGAUGCUAAGGAAGGUGAAGUAACUGGACUGUUACUAGCAGCAUAAACCAGUUAUGAGCACUGCUGCCUGAUGACAAAAACGUGUAAAGAGAUGCUUCUGCCCCCCCUCGAGCAGUCAUCAUCUUCCUGUGAAUUCUGCUUACAUAAGCUGUCCGCAUAGAAACUGUCACCUGGCAACUGCAUCCGAGUAGAUGUCCCUGCAGACCGGAGACCUGCAGGGGGAGGACACAUUCUAGGGGCUUGCCUAUAGUGUGUUUUAACUAGAUGCUUGAUGUUUCGAGUCUGUUUACAUGACGAUAGCGUAGUUUAUGUUAAUUUCGCUGUGGGAUGGAGUUAGGGUACAAUAUGUUUCUGUAAGAUGGAACAGUCCUGAAAUCAAAGCACCAAUGAUUUAGUGAGAGUCUUAAGCAUUACUACCACAACACAUAGAAUUACAUAAACCAAUCAAAACCUGUGAAGCAUGAAGUAAUACGGCAAUGCACAUGACAUUAAAUAACCAAUCAAAACCCUUUGGAUAUGUACAGCCCACUUGCAGCUAAAGUUCCACCCACUUAAGGCUGGCUCCGCCCUCUGUUUAUAGCCAUCUCAGUGCAUCUUCUCUCAUCAGACAGAGGAUCCUUUUGCUCUUAUAAUGACUGAGCAAAGAAAAAACAGAGGUUAUUUUUACUUUAUCUGUACUGUGUCGAGGUCUCUUUAAUGUCACGCAACCCAGACAGCAGAUGACUCUGGGCCGGAUACGCACCGGAGCUGCCGACUUCGGCACUGAUCUGGCCCGGAGUCGUAUGCUGUCUGGCAAUGCGCAUGAAUGUGAUUUUUAUUUUUAUCUUGUUAUCAAAAUGACUGUGCUGUCUGAUUCCCCUGUUGAAAUCAUCUGGGUUUUUUUUAGGUAUUUUUGUCUUGUGCAUGAAUAUAUAUUUUGAAUAUGUUGAGACAAGAGUUUGCCAAGUUAAUCUUUUAAUGUUUAUUGUUUGUGAGUCUAAAUCUUUAUAAAUUGAGAUAUGUGACAAUUCUUUAGUUUGUGGAUGAUCUUGUUUAGAUCUAGAGCCGCAUGCAGCUGUGAUGUAUUUGUCUUUACCCACUGUAUGUUUUUAUCAUAGUUGUCAGUCUAUUUUAUUAACACUUGAGAGUGUUUAAAGGUAACGGUUACAGUAUUCACUUUACAGUACUUUAAAGGUGCCAAAAAAUGCAUUGAAAUAAUCUGUUAAAUUAUUCUCUGAUGAAAGUAUGUGGCUAUAUUAAGUGCAAAAAUUAUUCAGAGAUGUUUUACAUGUCCAUUUACAAAUCUAGGAUUUGCCUUUAUAAUAAAAUGAUCCAUUUUUACCUUAUUUGAAAGGGUCAUGAAUAAUAAUGUUGAGCUCUGCUCUGAUUGGCUGUUUCUCAGAGCAGCUCCUUCAGUAGCUCUGUGUGUGUGUGUGUGUGUGUGUGUGUGUGUGUGUGUGUGUGUGUGUGUGUGUGUGUGUGUGUGUGUGUGUGUGUGUAAAAAGAGCUUAUGUUUGAGUGUGUAUCAGAUUUUGAGGAAUAAUCACUUGUUUGAAGAUUGUUAAUGGAUGUUUCUGAGUGUUAAGUUUGUAUUUUUUUAUUAUGGACCUGCAAAACGUAACUGUAACAUCAAUAGUACAUAUAGCAUAUAGCAUCAACUAGCAUAUACAACUUUGUUUUUAGCAUUGUAACAACACUGUACUUAAUUUAACGUUUGGGGUAUACAUCUCGACAGUAACGUCACAGUCUGUGUUUUGUUGAGAUUGGUUUGUUUUCCAGCAGUCUUUUGCAUGCACAAGAUUGACAUA